AUGGCGGGCGAGACGGGGCCCACGACGCUGUCGCUAGCAAAGGCUAUGAUUAUAGCUGCAUUUUUCGGCAUUUCCAUCUACAACUCCGUCGAGAUUCUCUUUUCCAUCUUCCAUAGGUUCCGGACCCACAAGGGACUGUAUUUCUGGAGCAUGCUUAUUGCAUGCAUUGGCAUCCCCGUUCAUGCGACCGCUGUUCUCCUGCGCAACUUCGGCCUGGCGCCGAACGUACCGAUGUGUGUCUUCAUUGUUCUGGGAUGGUGGUGCAUGGUGACUGGUCAGGCUGUUGUCCUCUAUUCGCGACUACACCUAGUCUGGGAGCAGAAAAGGCUGCGAUGGGUGCUGAUUAUGAUCAUCACCAACUUCUGCGUCCUCCAUCUGCCGGUGUCAGGGCUAUACCUCGCUAUCAACAUACACCCCGACAACGCGUACCUGACGCAUGUUUUCUCAAUCUACGAAAAGCUUCAGCUCACUGGCUUCUCGGUCCAGGAGUGGAUCAUCGCCGGUCUCUAUAUCUGGGGGGCGUAUCGCGCCUUGAAUCCUAUCUUGAAAUUCAAGGGACCACGAGAACGAAAAGUGAUCCGGCAUCUCGUCCUCGUUAACCUGAUCGUUAUCGCCAUGGACGGCAGCCUCCUCCUCACCGAGUUCACCAACAACUUCGAAAUCCAAACUACCUACAAGACUGUCGUGUACAGCAUCAAACUAAAACUCGAAUUCUACGUCCUCAACCAGUUGCUUUUCAUAAUCCACAACCCGACUUUUUCGAGGCAACGAUAA